AUGCCCAACUAUGCAAAGUUUCUCAAGGAUCUCAUCUCAGAUAGGAAAAAGCUUGAAGAAGGCAAAACGGAGGUAAUGUGUGCCGAGGUCUCUGCCAUAAUAAAGAACGAGAUACCCCCUAAGUUGGAAGAUACAUGGAGUUUUCUAAUUUCUUGUUCUUUUGGAAUUAAAUUGUAUAAGGCACUGGCCGAUCUUGGAGCAAACAUUAAUUUAAUGCCUUAUUUGGUCUAUAAGAAAUUGUCCCUAGGUGAAUUGACCCCGACCCGCAUGAGCAUUAGGCUGGCGGAUAGAUCAUUCCAAUAUCCAAUGGGGAUAGCGAAAAAUUUGCAGAUUAAGGUGGGUCAUAUGAUUUUCUUGGUAGAUUUUGUUAUAUUAGAAAUGGAGUUGGACGUAAAUGUACCUCUCAUCCUAGGCCGCCCAUUUCUUAUGAUCGCGGAUGCUAUCAUCCGGGUUAAGGCCAAGGAGAUUUCUCUAGGUGUCGGUGAUGACCGAGUUUUGUUUAACGUUGAUAGGGCUCUUAAACAUCCUUAUUCUUGUGAUGAAUCUUGUUUCAGGCUAGAUGUUGUUGAAGAAGAGGAUGCUUUGGAAAAAGAGGAUAUGGGGGAUGGGCAAGCUUUGUUAGCUUGUAAUGAAGAAGAACGGGAGAUGGUAGAUGAGAUGAUGCAAGAAAUCAUGGCAUUAAGUGUUGAUGAAACUCCCCCGGAAGAUGAAUCUUUUCAAGAGAUCGAGGUUGAUAGAAGCAAAAGGGUGCUCACUUCGGUUGAGUGCGCUCCUACCGAUUUGGAGCUCAAACCACUUCCGAAUCAUUUGGAGUAUGCAUACUUAGAAGGUACUUCUUUUCUCCCUGUUGUCAUUUCAUCUUCCUUAAUGGAGGAUGAAAAAUCUAGGCUUAUUACUGUCUUGAAGGCCCAUAAAAGGGCCUUUCCAUGGAAAGUUUCCGAUAUUCCGGGCAUAAGUCCAGAAUUCUGUAAGCACACAAUAAACUUUGUUGAUAAUGUCAAACCUGUUGUGCAAAGACAACGAAAUUGA